AUGGAUCCACCACCUCUCCCACCCCAUCCUGCCACCACCACUCAACUCUGCAACCCUGAUUCAGCCAACUCCUCCCCCCGCACCCGUCCAACCGACACCUGGGACGAGCCUCUCCCGCCUGUCCCAGGUGCCAAGCUGCGCAUGAUGUGCAGCUACGGAGGACACAUUGUGCCCCGUCCCCAUGACAAGUCCCUCUGCUAUGUUGGCGGAGACACCCGCAUGGUGGUCAUCGACCGCCACUCCUCUCUCUCCUCUCUCUCAACCCGCAUCUCCCGCACCCUCCUCAAUGGCCGCCAUUUCACUCUCAAGUACCAACUCCCUAACGAAGAUCUCGACUCUCUCAUCUCCGUCACCACGGACGAAGAUCUCGACAACAUGGUAGAAGAAUACGAGAGAACCACUUCAAACUCAACUCCAAAGUCUUCUCGUCUUCGUUUGUUUCUCUUUCUAGCCAAACCUGAAACAUCCACUUCCAUGGGCUCUUUGCUCGACGAUGCCAAGUCGGAGACUUGGUUCGUGGACGCUCUCAAUGGCGCUGUCUCGCUUCCUAGAGGACUCUCUGAUUCAGCAGUGGCUGAUUGCUUGCUAGAGCUUGAUGGGGCUGUCAAUGCUGAUUCAUGUACUGAUCACUUUGAGCCUCAGAAUGAGUCUUUGGGUGGUGAAAAGAUUGUGAAGAAUGCUCAGGAUGUGCAUUCAACCAUGUCCGAUUCGCCAAUGGUGGAAACUACUUCAUCACUUGGCUCAAGCUCUUCUUCUCCUUCAAUGUCAAACUUGCCACCCAUUAGAGUUAGAUCUGAUCAGGAAGGUGGAGCUAGGUUGCAAGAUCAGAUGGUUGGUUUAAAUGAACGUCUUUCACAGAUGGGUAUUGCUUCCAAUGUUGUAAUAAAGCAAGAUCAUGGUCAUGGGUUGGUUGUGUUGUCUGCUCCACCUCCUCUGCCCACUGUUAUUGGUCAAACAUAUACUAUGGAAGCCAAUGUUACUGUUAAUUCUGGAGCUCCUCCUACUCAUGAACACUCAAAUAGGCUGUUUUCUGAUGAUGAGAGAUCGGAUCAGGGAGCGCCGACUGGGUACAGAAAACCACCAUUGCCACUGCAGCCGGUGCAAAGGAAGCUUGGUGAUGCUUAUAAUUUGCCGUCACCGGAAUCAAAACAUGCUGGUGGCUUCAAUUUGCCAUCACCUGAUUCAGUGGCAAGUGAUAGUAGCAUUGCAUCUGGAACUUCUCUCUCAAAACAUGCAAUGUAUCAUGAUCCAACCCAUGCUGCAACUAGGGAAAACAGAGCCCCUACUAGCCAGAUUGAUCCCAAGAGUGGCGUCUUGGAUCCAAGCUCCCAAAUCCAGAUGCAACAAGUUCAUGACUCUGUGUUCAUGCAGCCUCCACAACAAAAUCAACAACAGUUUGUUCAUGCCGGCACGCAUUAUAUCACACACCCUGCAGCAGCAGGCACAGUGCCAAUCUCAUCUUACUACCCAAUGUAUGCCCCCUCAUCUCAGCAACAGCUCCAACCCCAAAUGGAUCAACAGUAUCCAAUGUACUUCGUACCAGUCUCCCAAACCCAAGUUACCCAACCUUUCAACUUAUCUGUGCAACCCAAUAUAGCUGAUGCCACAGUUGUGGCUUCGAGCAGGCCAGCCUAUAAGGAAUCGGUCCCUCCCAUUUACCCAACAAAGACAGGCAUUUCUAAUGAACCGGAACUGGCUGCAAGUGUAUACAGAACAGGAGCAAUGGCAACUACUCCACCUAUGGUACAAGUUCCUUCGAAUCAAUACCAUCACCAGCAGCAGCAGCAAUACGUAGGUCUAUCUCAAAUGCAUCAUCCAUCCCAGCCCAUUGCUGCUGCUUCUGCUAAUUACGGCUACGAAUAUGCUCAUCCUACAUUUGAACAUGAACAGAUGUACUAUGCUCAGCAUCCGGCCACGCCACUGCCUACUCAGAACCAAACCAUGAACCCAGCUGCGGCUGUCAUGUUAUCGCAGGCCUCAGCACAGUUACCUGCAGACAACACUAAUCAGCAGACCAGGACUUCAUAA